UACCUGGAUUCAUGUUGAAGUAUCGAGUGUGAAGUGUCUACAACCAUGGGGGCGGGGCAACGAUUCUGGUUGGAUAACCUUUCACCUAGAACUGUUAAAUCGAGUUUGACGAAAGCUGGCAGCCCUCGUUCACUGUUCAACACCACCCACCUCUCUUGCUCUCCCUCUAUUUAUUCUAUCUCUCUUCCGCUCCUCUCCCCUCUAUUUCACUCUGCUCCUGCCCGGAAAAUGAUGAUGAUGUUACAGUGUGGCCAGCCAAUGAUCAUGCAAGCAGGGAUGGAAGGGGUGUGUCAGGAGGCCAGCGCUGGAGCUAAUCGAUGCUGAAAAGCUUGAGGAGGAAGAAGGGGAAGCAAGGGCCUUGUCCUAGCUGAGGAACCUGUACACUGGCUUAAUAAAGGAGGAGAAGAGUAGGACUAAGAAGAGGAGGGUGGGAGGAAGUUGCUGACUGUCAGAGGGGGAUCAACCUGUGCUGUCAUGGACAAAUAUCAACCAAAAAGACCAACCACCCUGGCUCUGUUCCCAGAGCUACCACAAGCUGGCACCCAGGACUCCAUCAACAACAACUCUUUAGGCAAGAAAGACAGCUGGAAGGAUUCCCACACUUCCUCCCCACACAUCACAGGAGAUCUAACACCAUCGGAUGUCCAACCAAAAGUGGAGGACAAAGUCCAGCAGAGCACGCGCCGCCCAGCCCCAAAACCACCCACAGCAAAUGGAGCCAGUAGGAGAGCCAACACACAGGCUGCUGCCUCCACCGCAAAUGCAUGCACUCGACCGCAGGGAAAACAGGUGUCUGGGGCCACGCACUUGCAGUCCUCCAGUACCCUGAGGAGCCAACAGAGAGGAGGAGGGGGAGGAGGAAGAGGGGGAGGAGGAAGAGGGGGAGGAAGAGGAAUGACAGCAAUGAGAGAGAGAAGUCUGGGGGACACCAAAGGAAAGGAUGGAGUGACUGCAGGGAAGGAAGAUAGAAGAGGAGGGAGACUGUGUGAAGAGUCCAAGGGGAGGGGGAAAGAAAGCAUAGGACAUCAGAAGCCAAGGGAACCAAAUGGGCUGAAAAGCCGGGGGACUGAUCGGAAAGGAAAAGUAGGCGCUAAAGGGGGUAACAGAGCAGAGGGAUUAAAGCCAAAUAACAUGCUCUCUAACCCAGAGGUUUAUCUAACCGCUAUGGUGGUUCCACGCACACCUGUAGCACCAAGAACCCAGGACAAGACCCAAGAUCAAGGCCAAAACCAUGACAGGACCCAGGACCAUCCUCCUGUUCUCUCCCAGUCCAGCAGCGAGGGGGGAUCCAACAGAAUGUCCCUCAGCUCAGACACAGAGGGUCCCCCACCAGGACCUCUGCAUCCCUGUGUGUCUCACCAAGCCAACCCUCACAUCAGCGAAGAGGAGGGGGAGGGAGAUCCAACUCCCUGUAUAAACGUCGAGAACAGUUCAACCCAUUGCUUUGCAAAUAAUGAAAAAACAGGGAUGGACUGUACAAAGCUGGAUACAGGGAGAAGGAAAGGUGACAGUAAUGCUGAGGUGGAUGGCACCAAAUCUCUCACUCAAGAAAAUUUUGUAGCUGCUUGGACUGUCCCAAAGAGUGAAGCUACAGUAGAGAUGAAUUAUGACUUUGUCAAAUACACACUGGUGGUUAAUAAACAUGCUCAGUUGGAGCUGGUCAAACUCAAGGACUGCUUGCACAGUUACAACGAGCAGAAUGAUGACAGCGAUGCAGAAACAGUCUAUCAGUCUGCCAAUGAAGAGGAAGCUCCAGAGUAUGAGAAGGAGAGGAACAGGUUGCAAGAGAGGAGGAAAGAGGAGGAAAAAAGAAGAAAGGAGAAGGAGAUGAAGAAAUGGAGGGAAGAAGAUGUGAAGAGGAGGAGGGAGGAGGAAGUAAAAAGGAGGAGUGAAGUUGUAGCAAGAAUCUGCAAGCAGACCAAGGUAACAUCAACCCUAACUUCUGAGGAAGAAGAGUCUAAGAGAGGAAGGGCUGGGGCUCCCAGAAGUAAGAAGUUUCUCAACCUCUUUGCCAACAAAAGCAGCCAAAAUAGCGCCACAGGUGCUGGGUCAUUUGGUGUGUUUUCCUGUGUCUUGGAUGGAGUGGAGAGACAGCAGAGCCACAGAGCUGUCUACAGGUUUGUCCCUCGGCAUGCAGAUGAGCUUUAUCUAGAGACAGAUGACCCGGUGUUAAUGCUAAACCGUUCUGAGGACCUGUGGUGUCAGGGUUACAACAUGAGGACUGGAGCUACCGGCAUUUUUCCUGCCUUCUACGCUGUCAAGGUGGCCAGAGAUAUCAGUGAAGUCCAGAAAGCUGGUUGGAUAGAGCAGUUCCUGGUACGAUUCCUGGGUUCAGUUCAGGUCCCAGUCCACACAAGCAACAGCAUACUGUGUGCUGCAAUGCAGAAGGUAGCAUGUAACAGGCGGUCAACAGGUCAGCCUCCUUCAGUUUGUGUGCUGGAGGUCAGUGUGAGGGGUGUGAAGAUCAGUGUCCAGGAUCAGUGCCACUCUGCUCACAGGGGGGACCAGUGUUUCCAUUUUUUCCAGUUGAAGAACAUCUCCUUCUGUGGCUGCCAUCCAAAAUACAACAAUUACUUUGGUUUCAUCACCAAACACCCUGACCAGCAGCGCUUUGCCUGUCAUGUGAUGAUGUCAGAGACAACUUUACAUCCUCUUGCUGAUUCUUUAGGGAGGGCAUUCCAGCAGUAUUACAAGGAGCACAUUGGCUACUCCUGUCCCACUGAAGACCUCUUCAUUGAAUAACACCUGUCUUCCAUCUGCACUAUGUCCUGAAUACUCACUAUGUGCAUGUAAGCCUGGUCUUACACCACAGUUUGGAACAGUGAUGUAAUUUCUUCAGAGUACUUGCAUGGUGGAUUUUCUUUUCUCUAAUGAGGUUUUCCUUCACUAGUCACAUCACAAUAUGAAUACCUCUAUAGAUGGAUAGAUCACAAGAUGUCCCCAUACAUUGAAAACAAAUGUAAUAUAAACCUACUCAAACAUAAAUCUUACAUAGAUAUAUUUUAUGAACUAAAAUGAUAUGUAACUACAUAUAGAGUCAAAGCCAAAAAUAUUGGCAUCCCUGCAUUUCUGUCAGAUUGUUACGGCUAGCCGUCAGGACCAUGAACUGAGGACCCAGUAAGUGCAGGACUCGGACACAGACUUUAGAGAAAAGCAAAGGAUUUUAAUCAGGGAGGGUAACAGAAGGUGUAAGGAGUAGUGGAGACGUUACGGCCGGUACGGGCGACUGGGAGCUGUGUCGACUGGACCACUCGGUGAGUAACCCGGGGUACUGGGAGCUGUGUCGACUGGACCACUCGGUGAGUAACCCGGGGUACGGUGAGUAGAGGCAGCCACCAGAUCGAGAAGAGAGGAGGGUGAGAUGACUAAGCAGAUCAAUAGUAACUGUGGGGGAAAUAAUGAUGGGAACCUGGAUAUGAAGCACUAUGCUGUGCAGGGAGGCAGGAGGUGGUGAGAUGACUGCUGCCCGGUGCGUGGAUCCGCUGGUGGGGGAAGCUGUGGCUCGUCGCUAUUGAGAGUGUAGCUCAACGCCAGCGUGGAAGGGGCGUCUGGGAAGCUGAGUCGCCGGGGAUGGCGCGUACUGUUCCACAGGAUAAUCCUUAAAUAAAAGUUCAGAUAGCGAAGAGACAGCAAAGUGCAAAAAAGCAAACAAAACCCAAGCUCCCCAAAACCAUAGUUCAGUCCAAUACACUCCAGGAGAUUUCCACUGGCACAAAACAAAAGGCCGCUCGUACGGCGAUUCAGAGUUCAGUUCAGAUAAGUGCAAUACACAGGGAUCAUCAAGAACAAGUUAGCUCGGACUGCUUACUGAUGAUAGCGGGACGUCGAGAGAUCAUCUGGCGACAAGAACACACCAACGCUCCCCUCAAGUACUGCUCCGCUGAUUGGGAGCAGGUGUGCCUCGUUGCCGGGAGUGCGCUCCAGCACCUGUCGGGGCGGAGCUGUUGAUGGAACCAGGGCAUGCGGACGAGGUGCUGGGAGCACACUCAGGCGUAACCA